AUGACUAAUACGAAUAAAUUAAAUAAAGUUCUUUGGACAAAUAUUACUCAACUUAAAUUAUCGAAUAAAGAAGGUUCACCAGUAAGAUUUUUACUUGAUAAAUCACCAUUUGAUGAAAAUGAUGAUGAUGAUAAUGAUAAUAAAAAUUCAUUGAAAAAUACUGAAUAUGUUAUCAUUGGACGAAUAUUACCAAACUCAAAUAUAUUUAAAGAAAGUUCAUUUCAAAUAGAAAUGAAAUUAACAUCAAAUUAUCCAUUUGAACCUCCUGAAGUUAGAUUUUUAACUCCAAUUUAUCAUCCAAAUAUCGAUAAAAAUGGUAAAUUUUGUCAUCCACUAUUGACAAAAACUACAAGAUGGAAACAUGGAGCAACUUUAAUCGAUGUUGUAAAAGCUGUUGUUGAACAUAUUGACAAUCCAGAUAUUGAUUAUGCCGUCAAUACCAGUUGGGGCGGUGAAGAUGAUGAUAUGUAUGCUCGUAUUGUUAGUGAACGUCUGAAAGUUGAAUGCCCACUAGCAUCUAUAGCACGAUAUAAAAUGUUUAAACAAUUAAAUUCUGCUGGUAUGAAUGUUUUACGUACAGCAGAAAGUCGUAUUGAUUCAGAUGAUCUCAAUAAUGUUAAAUAUAAAUUGUUAAAUACAACCUUUUAUCAUCUUUAUACUCAUUUUUUAUUUGAUGUUGGAGAAUAA